UGUGAACUGCGAUCAUGGUGUGUAGAAUGGUCCCGUUUUAUUUAAGUUUUUUAGGCGAUCUGUAGGCAAUUAUAAUGGUUAUAGGAAUUUAAUUGAAGUAAAAUUAGUUUUUUAAGUCACUGAAAGGCUCAGAAAUGACAUAUUAGUGAAUAUUGGGUUUAAAUGAUAGCAAAAACAAAUAUGAAAUGUUUAAAAGAUACGAAUACUUGGUUUAAUCGAGAAAGAUGUUUACUGUAAUUUCUCUUAAAGUAGCAUUUUAAGGUUUUCCAGUGAUAAAUUAACUUAGUUCUUGUCUAUGCCCUUUUAAUAUGGAAUUAAAACUUCCCGUACAAGUAAGGAGGAUAAAGUAGACAGACGAAUGAUAUGUUGCAAAGAAGCAUCAGCGGAAACCAAGGCGUACAGGGCCGGUUCUUUUACCUCUCAUUGAAUCAAAUUGUUACCUCCUUUGUUAUUCUGUGCUCGUCAUAUCAUGCUAUCGAGAUUUAUUUCUGUGGCUCUUCGUUUGUUAGUUGCCUUUUCUGAUCAGAAACGUAAAGAAGUAUUGUCUGGAUCAGAGUGGUUUCCAAAUAAUUGCCAGUCAUUUAAAAUUUGAUUUGGAUGUGCAUCAUGACAUUCAGAAGCCCAACAUAUGCAUCUUGUUUACAGAGCAGUAGUUUUGCUUUUUAUCCUGACAAAAAUCCCAACAAACUGCAUAAUUUUUAUAUUAUGUGGACUUCUGAUAGAUUUGUCACUGAUCUUUUACUGAUUAUGCAAAGUGGUGAGCACUAACAAUGCUUUUACAGCUGUAUGUGUUUGUGGUGCCUCAGGUUGAGAAAUGUCGGCAUGACAUUGCCACAUUACUAUUACUAUCACGAUGAUCAAUGACUGCGGUCAACAGAAUGUCUGGUCUUUUUUUUCCUCUACAGCCACCCAAGAAGGAUACUAAGCAGUCGUCCUCAAAACCUAAAGAUAAGCCAUCAGGUGGUGGUGGAAAAGCUAAGAAGAAGGUCUAGUUGUGUUUUCUUUGCUUCAUUUUUGGCUGUGAUAUUUACAGAGGAAAUUAAUUUAGGCUCUUAGAUAAAGUAAAUUGUGUACUGCAACAUUGCCAACACUACCCCCCCCACAUUGUACAGGGAAUAUUAGGAAGAACUUGCAUACUGACAGUAAAGUGUAAAGGGUUGACAGACUGGAUGGUUCAGAAGUGCAUUUAUGUUGUGUAGACUGUGUUUUGUUGCCAUGAAAAUCAUUACCGGUUUCAUGCACACUGCACUGUCAAGGAUAGUAUUCAUGGAUGCAAUUGCCCGUUUGGGGUUUACACUUCAGUUGUUACAAUCCACAGAAUGGUCAUGCUUCAAGUUAGUUGGUCCAGUUCUCCAUGAUAGACAAACACUUAAACUUCCAAGAUCUGAUUGUCAAUUCUGCCCUUUAGCUGGUACACAUUUCACCGUAAAUUAGUUAUGAGAAUUGGUCUUAGAUGAAGAGAACUUCUAUCUGAUAAGUUUUAGUGUUUUCAUUACCUGUUUUCAGGAUAAUGUAUGAAUAUUUUUUUGAGAGAAGUGACAUGUUAAUCACUUCUGGGAGAUAAAGGAUGAAUAAACUUAACAGUUUGUUUUCUUUGAAACCUGCAGAAGUGGUCCAAGGGAAAAGUCAGGGACAAACUGAACAACUUGGUCCUCUUUGACAAAGCCACAUAUGACAAGCUGUACAAAGAAGUCCCCAGCUACAGGCUGAUCACUCCUUCUGUUGUGUCUGAAAGGCUGAAGAUCCGAGGCUCACUUGCUCGCCGUGGAUUGCAGGAACUGCUCUCUAAGGGCCUGAUCAAAGAGGUGUCUAAACAUCACUCGCAGCUGAUUUACACCAGAGCAACAAAGGGCAGUGAAGAACCUGCUCAUUGA